AGUGAGCAUAUGGGUGUUUGCUAACCACCUGUCUGCCUACUGAGGGGACAUCAGUUGGACAGUCGCAGACAUAGAGAAAGAAGUCUGGAAUGAUUGGGCUGGAUGUCUUUCUGUAUCCAGAUGGUCUUAGGGUUGCUACACCAGAAGAUACAGAGAAGUGGGAAUCCGAGAGAGAUAUGUUUGAACCAAAUAUUCGUCUCUUUGUGGCUCUGUUCUCAUACAACCCUGCGGUGAUGUCACCAAACCCUGAAACAAUGGAGGAGGAACUGCCUUUUGAACAAGGACAGAUCAUUAAAGUAUAUGGAGAUAAAGAUGCUGACGGCUUCUAUAGCGGAGAGACGGAUGGACACUUCGGUUUUGUGCCGAGCAACAUGGUUUCUGAGAUUCCUGUGGAAGACGUAGAGCUCAAACUCCGUCUGUUCCAGCAGGGGUUUUUACCAGAGGAGACGCCUUCCAUAGCACCCAGCGAAACAUCUAGUGUGCCGGAUGGUGUGAAGGUCCACAGGAUGGUGGCCAUUUUUGAUUAUGACCCAUGGGAAAGUUCUCCAAACAUGGAUAUUGAGGAUGAGCUUCCCUUUCGUGCAGGAGACAUUAUAUAUGUUUUUGGAGAAAUGGACAGUGAUGGAUUUUAUUAUGGAGAUCUACAUGGUUACCGAGGUCUUGUGCCAUCAAACUUUUUGCAAGCCCUGCCUUGGGACUAAAAGAACUGAGCAGUCAGAAAUCAGGAACAGGAGAGUGACCUCCGAUUGUGAAUAGAACCCACUUUACAGAAUCCAACUCCAGCUUUUUUUUUUUUACAUAUAACGUGUCUUGUUUCCUGUAAUGUGCAUGACGUAUCAUGUCUCUAAAUGCACUUGACCUUUCCACUAUGCUUAGCAUCAAUUGAAUACAUAAAAGGAAAUUAAUUUCCGAUUUAUACAAGAGCUUUUGAUAGCAGCUAGUGCAUUAUAGCCUUAAAGGACAAUAAUGGUAAUUUAAGAAUUAUUGUUUUAUAUUGUUUUAUGUGUCUUCUUUUCAAUACUGAGCUAUUUUUGUAAUGUCCUUUCUGUACACAGCAACUGCACUGGUGUUAGUUUAACAACAGACUAUAUGUACACACUUACACAUUUCACCUUCAUUUUAUUACUGUUUCAUGAAUUCAAAGUUGUUUGAUACAAGUUAACAUGCACAUAUAAAGACAAAUGCACUCAAAACAUUAUUGCAUUGCAAUCAGUCUUGAAACACCAUCUUUAUUCAUAUUUAAUAAACAAGACAAUCAGAUUCAGCAUCGUUUGGUUCUCCAUAAGAUCGAUCCUUCGCAGCAAACAGUACACUCAUCCAUAAAGUAGGAAACACUACACUGUGUAGAGACCUUUAGUAGUGCUGUCUACUUUAUGAGUGACUGCACUGAUGUUCCCGCCUCUUCUCUUCGCGCUCCAAUCCUUUCUUUGCACGCUUCCUCUUAUCUCCAUGUGCUCCGAAUGUUAAUUUUACAGCUAUCUGUUAAACCUAAAAUGAAAAUUAGAUUAAAAUGAUGUAGUUGAAUAAGUCGGAUCAUGUUUUAAUAUGGUUGGAUGUUCAGCUGCAUCAGCUUCAAUUGUUCAUAGUGAGUCACUGUACAUCAUAAGGAAGUUUAGAAUCAUUAUUUUUUGCCUGUGCUGUAGUUAAAAGUUAAAUAUUACAUGUGUAAUUAACUAAUCUAAAAAAAAAAAAAAGCAAUGUAUAAUGCCUCCACUUUUGCUGCUUUGUAUAAAAAGUGCAAGUGAAAUGGAUUCAGUGUGAACCAUUGGAAUUGACUAUUAAAGCUUGAUCUAGUUAAAAAAAAAAGAAUUGAUGUUUUAAUAAAAAAUUGAGUGUAUUCACUUUUGUUAAUGAUUAACUUCUAUUAGUAAGUUCAAGCAAAUUCACCUAAUUACAUUCACUUACAUCAAGCAGUUUACCACCCUUUAUCAUUUAACCAAGUUCAUAAAACCAGAAAAAUAGUCACAUUUAUCCAAUGUUUUAGAUUAAACUGAAGAGCAGUGACUUACCAGUUCUCUGCCUGCUUGAUCCCGGAAACAACAGCGAAAAGAGAAAGAAGUUGUCGCCU